UCCAGCACGGGUUUCUCUAUCCAUCACUACCACGCGUGUUGUUUAUCUUCUUGCCACCUUUACAUGCGGUAUACUGUUCUCACCAAAGUUAUGUCACCGGUCUCUUUCUUCCUCCACUGUGUCAAUGAACACCUUUUAGACUUCAACAGCUUCAGCUCACACCCUCUAUUUUAUAUAAGCCACACUACUUCUCUUAGCUCUCAUCACGACACGCAAGUUGAGGGACAUCAGAAGGUGAAGCAUGGUUUUUGCCAGUGGUAGCUGCAGCGGCGUCGCGGCCUCGGCCGAUGGCAUCAAGCUGGACCCAUGCAGGUUUGCCAUGCAAGUGGUGCGCGGCCGGUGGUUCAUGUUCUUCUCUUCCUUCCUCAUCAUGGCCGCCGCCGGUGCCACCUACAUCUUCAGCAUCUACUCCAAGGACAUCAAGUCGUCGCUGGGCUACGACCAGUCCACCCUCAACACCCUCUCCUUCUUCAAGGACCUCGGCGCCAACGUCGGCAUCCUCUCCGGCCUCAUCAACGAGGUGACCCCGCCCUGGGUGGUGCUCUCCAUGGGCGCUGCCAUGAACCUCUUUGGCUACCUCAUGAUCUACCUCGCCAUCACCGGCCGCACCGCCCCGCCGCACGUCUCGCUGAUGUGCGUCUACAUCUGCAUCGGCGCCAACUCGCAGACCUUCGCCAACACCGGCGCCCUCGUCACCUGCGUCAAGAACUUCCCAGAGAGCCGCGGCAUCGUGCUCGGCCUCCUCAAGGGCUUCGUCGGCCUCAGCGGCGCCAUCAUAACCCAGCUUUACUUGGCCAUCUACGAAGACGACUCCAAGUCCCUCGUCCUGCUCAUCGCGUGGCUGCCGGCCGCCGUCUCCAUCGUGUUCGUGUACACCAUUCGGAUAAUGAAGGUGGUGCCGCACGGCAAGACGACUAAGCCCUUCUACUGGUUCCUCUAUAUCUCCAUCGCUCUCGCGGUCUACCUCUUGGUCAUGAUCGUCGUCGAGAAGACUGCCACCAUAACUCACACUGAGUCAAGCAUCAGCGCCACCGUAGUCGUCCUCCUCCUCCUCCUCCCCCUUGCAGUUGUCAUCAACGAAGAGCUCAAAAUCUUCAAGCAAAAGAAGCAUGAACUGCAAAACCCACAGCCGCUCGUCAUCGCCGUCGAAAAGACAUCGCAACCCCCUCCGCCGCCGAUAACAGAGUCCAAACAUGCUCCUCCUACCACAGCCACCACCACCACCACCACCACCACCACCAAAAGUAACAACGCGGUAGUUGCAUUCGUGGCCGACAUGUUCAGGCCGCCCGACAGGGGCGAGGACUACUCCAUCCUCCAAGCGCUGGUGAGCAUCGACAUGAUCAUCCUCUUCUUCGCAACCAUCUGCGGCGUUGGCGGCACGCUGACGGCGAUCGACAACAUGGGCCAGAUCGGCGAGUCGCUGGGCUACCCCAAACGGAGCAUCAGCACAUUCGUUUCGCUCAUCAGCAUCUGGAACUACGCGGGCAGAGUGACGGCCGGCUUCGCCUCCGAGAUCUUCCUGACCAAGUACAAGUUCCCUCGCCCGCUCAUGCUCACCGCGAUCCUCCUGUUAUCCUGCGUCGGCCACCUCCUCAUCGCCUUCGGUUUAACGAACUCCUUGUACUUCGCCUCGGUGGUCAUCGGAUUCUGCUUCGGCGCUCAGUGGCCGCUGCUCUUCGCGAUCAUAUCAGAGAUCUUCGGCCUAAAAUACUACUCCACCCUCUACAACUUCGGCGGCGCCGCCAGCCCCAUCGGGUCCUACAUACUGAACGUGAGGGUGGCGGGGUAUUUGUAUGACAAGGAGGCACUCAAGCAGAACAACGGGGUUAGACGACCCCCCGGCACCGACUUGACUUGCAUCGGCGUCGAGUGCUUCAAGCUUUCAUUCAUCAUCAUCACGGCGGUGACGGUGCUUGGAGCGCUUGUAUCCCUUCUACUGGUCUAUAGGACCAAGGACUUCUACAAGGGCGACAUAUAUGCCAAGUUUAGGGAGCAGAUGGCGGUAGCUGACGAUGACAUGGCCAUGGAAACCUUUGUGUCAGAGGGUAAACAUGCAGAAGAAGAUCUGAAGGAGAAGAAGAAAGCUACUACUACUACUACUACUACUGAGGAGGAGGAGAUGGGCGUGGUAAUUAAUGGUGAUGGUAAACAAAAGCUUGAGAAAGAUUUCACGUAAACUAUAUAUCUUCUACAGGACUUAAUGCUUACUGAUUUAAUGCCUGUACACAAACUUCAUGUAAUGGGCGACAUGAAUCUAUUUACUGAAUGAGACUAACAGUUCUCA